AUGGGUAAACCUCUGAUAGGUGCUGUAGUAGAGGCAAAAGCUCAACUAGUUGGGAUUCAUGAGCGAGUAAGAAGCGACAUCAAUGGUGGCCAACAAGCAACACCAGCUGCCUUGAGCACAUCAGAAGUUGAUAAGCGGAAGCCAACUGCAACAAAUCCUAAUGCUGAAGAUGCUGCAGAGCUUUUGAGAAUGUGCUUGCAGUGUGGAAUUCCCAAGACCUACUCCAGUGCGCGUGGAAUGGUCUGCCCUGUAUGUGGUGAUCGCCCUGCACCGGAUCCAAAUGCAGAGUCCAAGAAGAAAGGAUCAACUAUCAAGGAUAAGGAAAAAUCUAAAAGGAUGAGGGGCCAAUCAUCUCAUGCAAGUUGGAAAAGUGAAACAGAGAUGCAGUUAAGGCAACAUUUUGAUUAG